ACACAAGAUAACCUAGAACUGACUACAAAAUAAAUUUAAUCUUAUAGGAAAUAAUAAAAUUACAAAACCAUGGGCUCUCGCCAAAUAACUGAAAAAUCGCUUGCAAUGUUGCGGUCAUUGCCUAGACUGUCAUUAGGUAACAUUCGUGAUAAUCCUGGGUCCAGAAAAAAUAUAAAACGGGGCCGAGGUCAACAUGGUGGUGAUAAGCAUGGUGCUGGUAAUAAAGGCUCUGGUCAGCGACAGAAUUACAUGAGACUUGGCUAUGAAACUGGAAAUAAUCCAUUUUAUCUAAGAAUGCCUCAUGAGCAUUAUUACAAAGGCCAUCACCAUAGGAGGCAGUAUCCACCCAUCUCACUACUUGAAAUACAGAAGUUAAUUGAUACAAACCGCUUGGACAUAACUAAACCAAUAGAUAUAGCGAGUAUUGUCAGAUCUGGUCUUUACAACUUCUUUCCAGAUCAAAAGCAUUUUGGAAUUCAUUUAACAGAUGAAGGAAUGGACAUUUUUUCUGCAAAAGUUAACAUUGAAGUUCAGUGGGCAAGUGAACAAGUUAUUGCUGCUAUUGAAAAGAAUGGUGGAGUCAUCACAACUGCAUAUUAUGAUCCCCACAGUCUGAUUUUACUUAAAAACCCAAAAUCAUUUUUUCAAACUGGUCAAGCAAUACCUAGGAGAAUGAUCCCUCCACCAGAUGUAAUUGAAUAUUAUACCAGUGCUGAAAUGAGAGGGUAUUUAGCUGACCCAGAGAAGAUUUCUGAAGAAAGACUUAGAUUGUCACAAAAAUAUGGUUACCAAUUACCAAUACUAGAAAGUGAUAAGAAUUAUAACAUGUUAUGUGAAAGAAAAGAUCCUAGACAAAUAUUCUAUGGUUUAGAGCCUGGAUGGGUAAUUAAUUUAAGGGAUAAAUGCAUCUUAAAACCUAAAGAUGAAGAAUUAUUACAGUUCUAUGCAUCAUAAUUUAUUAGUUAUAAGAUUUAAUUAUUACUUGUGUCAUAGUGUCAGGUUUGUGCAAAAUAAAAUAAAAUUCCAGAUUUAA